GGCUGGGCGCCCCCUGGCCCACUGACUCUCCAGGACACUGUUGAGGACAGACAGGUCCAAACAUGGGGACCCACCAACAGCGACUGGGGCCCCCACCUAGUCUCAUGGGGUCGGCACUCCUGUUUGGGGAAUGGAUGGGAAAUUUAGGGUGACGGAUGAGGGAGCUAGAGCUGCCUUCUGAGCAGCCCCAGGCAUGCACUUGCCCCACCAUUGGCCCCUGGAAGUUGGGGUCUGUCUUCUGCAUCCUGGACGGUCACAGGCCUGGGAGAAUGGGCACGGCGGGGUGCCAGGGGAGACUUGGCAAGCUCCAAGCUCUGAGGCCUGUGCAGGUCCUGUCCCCCGCCUCAGGCACUAGGAGGCGCCACCUGGACAGGCUGGUGGGCGGGUUCGGGGCUCUGCCCUAAGUCUGUGCUUCCUUCCAGCCUCUGCCUGCCACCACGUUGCCCACCGCUGCCUGCCCCGAGCACCAGAGCCUGGGACGGCCGUGCUCCGUGACGGGCCGUGCGCGCGGCCCUGAGCGACCAUGGGCCUGCUCGCCUACCUGAAGACGCAGUUCGUGGUGCACCUGCUCAUUGGCUUCGUGUUUGUGGUCAGCGGGCUGCUUCUCAACGCGCUGCAGCUCUGCUCGCUGCUGCUCUGGCCGCUCAACAAGCAGCUGUACCGGCGUGUCAACUGCCGCCUGGCCUACUCGCUCUGGAGCCAGCUGGUGAUGUUGUUGGAGUGGUGGUCGUGCACCGAGUGCACCCUCUUCACCGACGCCGACACGCUGCGGCACCUGGGCAAGGAGCACGUGGUCAUCAUCCUCAACCACAACUUCGAGAUCGACUUCCUGUGCGGCUGGACCAUGUGCGAGCGCUACGGCGUGCUGGGGAGCUCCAAGGUCCUGGCUAAGCGGGAGCUGCUGUGCGUCCCGCUCAUCGGCUGGACCUGGUACUUCCUGGAGAUCGUCUUCUGCAAACGCAAGUGGGAGGAGGACCGGGACACGGUGAUCCAGGGGCUGCGGCGCCUGGCAGACUACCCGGAGUACAUGUGGUUCUUGCUGUACUGUGAGGGGACCCGCUUCACGGAGAAGAAGCACCGGGUCAGUAUGGAGGUGGCUGCCGCCAAGGGGCUGCCCCCCCUCAAGUACCACCUGCUGCCCCGUACCAAGGGCUUCACCACCGCCGUGCAGUGCCUGCGGGGUACAGUGUCAGCCGUCUAUGACGUCACGCUCAACUUCCGGGCCAACAAGAACCCAUCUUUGCUGGGGAUCCUUUAUGGCAAGAAAUACGAGGCCGACAUGUGUGUGAGGCGCUUUCCUCUGAAGGAGAUUCCUGAGGACGAGAAGGAGGCAGCACAGUGGCUGCACAAGCUGUACCAGGAAAAGGAUGCUUUGCAGGAGAUGUACAACCAGCGGGGUACAUUUCCUGGGGAGCCCUUCAAGCCCCCCCGGCGGCCAUGGACGCUCCUCAACUUCCUCUUCUGGGCCACAGUCCUGCUGUCCCCGCUCUUCAGCUUCGUCCUGGGCAUCUUUGCCAGCGGCUCCCCCGUGCUCAUCCUCGCCUUCCUGGGUUUCGUGGGCGCAGCGUCCCUGGGCGUCCGCCGGCUGAUCGGCGUCACGGAGAUCGAGAAAGGCUCCAGCUACGGUGACCAGGAGCUGAGGAAGAAGGAGUAGCCGCGACCGCCAUAGACACAGCCGCGCCCCACAGGGACGCCAGGGGCUCCCCCAGAACUGCUGACCACUGACCAAUCAGCCUGCGGAGGGCCGUGCCAGCCGCGAGACCAGGGGCCUGAGCGGGUUUGGGGGUUUGGGGGAGGCCCUGACUCACCCCGACUCAACCCUUCCUGCCGCCCUCAUGGUCCUGGUUCCCGAGGUGCCUGUGCUUGGUGCCGCACCUCGACUCUCGGUCUGGGGGCGCCCGCUGUGAAAAGCACAUGCCGAGUGUCGGACCCGGGGCUGGCUACAGGUGAACCCCAGUUUGUUCCCCGAAGCCCCAUGUGUAAAUGCCUGACCUGCCCUUGAGGUGCGUGUCCCCCCCCAUCACCCUCCAGGACCCCCUUUUCCCAGCUCCUCUGCCCGCUGUGCCCCUGGCACCCCGUCUCAGCAGGCCAGAGGUGAGGCCAGAGGGGCGGGGGACCCCUAGAUGCUGUUCUGGGGAUGCCCAGUGGGAUGCUCUCUGUCUUCCCCAUGUCUGCCGCUGUACCCCGGCCCCCCUGCAUUUCUUGCUGAAAGGUCCAGCUGCUUCCCUGGGCAGGACACUUGCCCUAAGCAUUGGGGGACACCAGAGGGGAAAACUGCAGGGCUGCAAAGGGGAGGCACAGGGGUGUGAGGCGGCAUCCCGUGUCCUGAAUGGAGGCGGGAGGAAGUUUCUAGAAUGAAGCAUUCAAGAGCCAUGGAGAGGAUUCUGAGCUGAGCUCAGGCAGGUGGGAAACCCUCCCUGGGGUGGGGCUGGUAGCCCCUGACUCUGCCCACUUAGGGAGUGUGGCUGCUCCCAGGAGCGUCAUGGGAUGCCCUCCUCACUCCAGCCCUGCGUGGCAGAACCCCCCUCCCCCCUUCCUAACCACAAGCCCCGCCAGCCUGGAGGGACCCUGGAGAGUGUUCGCCCCUCCCCGUCUGGAGCCGGUGACCCUUGCUGUCAAUCCCCCAGGUUCCUGCAAAGAGGGAUGUCCCCGCCUCGCCACCCCGCUCUGCGUCCAUGCCGGGCGUGCCUGGUCGCCGAGCCCUCUGCGAGCAAUAAAAACUGCACCCGAGAGUGUGGGUUCUUUCUGUGGGUGGCCCUGCUCCCACCGCCUGCCCUUCCCAGGGUCAUACCCAGCUCCGCUACGGCCCUUGCCGGUGGCAUCCAGAGGCAGCUGGGACGAGGGUUGUCUCAGAGGCCCUGUUGGGUUGCUUCUUGGGCUCAGCAUUUUGUGGGGACCCUCCCUGGCUUCCUGGGGGGCCUUGUUGGUGAAAGAAGGGCACGUCACACCCUCGCAGGCCAGGUGCCCUGAGAUUCAAGCUUAGAGCUCAGAAAGCACAGAGGCCCCUACCAGGCCACUGUAGGGGUGCACCCCAGGGGUGCACCCAGGCCCUCCUCCGGAGCGAGGUGAGGUUUGCCCCUUCUCUGUCCACCGACCCGCAUGUCCCUGGCCGUGGAGUCCCGCGGCUGGUACCUCUGGCUGCAUGCAUCCCUGGCAUGAGACACAGUGUCCCCCACUACCCACCCUCACGGCCCCUUCCCUGGGGAGUCCCCAGCACCAGGGCUGGCCCCCGUGCACACGGGUGCAAAGGGCAGGGGUCAUGAGGACACUCAGGGUCCUCGGUCCUUCGUGUCAGGGCCAAGACUGGGGUUCAUUUGGUCUGAGCCACUUGGGGGGUGUGGUCCCACCAACCACAGGGUCUGCCCUGGGCUCAUGGGGCACAGGGGAGGGUUGGAGGCUGUCACCCCCAGCAAUCAGGCAUUCAAAGGGCCAAUAUUGGGGCUGCGGGGAAUAGGGGAAGGGCGGGGGCCUCACAACUCUUCUAAGGUGAUGUAAAUGCUUUAGAGGUUGAGUCCUCUGGUGACAACUCACGGGGCUUCUCAGACUUGGGGGUCCCCGCUUCUUGUUGCGAGUGUGGACGGAGCGAGUGCUGGAGCAGGCACGGAAAAUGCACUGAACCAUAUUAAACUGGAGUGACUUGAUGGCAUGAA